AUGUGCAAGCAGUUCAAUAACAGAACAGAUAUGCUAGCCAUUAGUGAAGGUAUGAGGACAGCCUUCAGUCUCCCGGUCGAGAAGGCAUUCAUUUUCGACUCCUCAAACUGCUCGUCCCUCGGCACGUACAUUGGCAAUGGCUUUUCCACUCGGCUUUCAGAGCGUAAAUCUGUUAUUUCAGUUGUUAAGUUAGAUACAAGAGCCCGGCCCGUUCUGCAGCGCCUAGGAUAUGGAAUUUUUUCGCCACCGAGUAUGGGUCGAGCAAAAUCGAUCCCUUUAUCGGGAUUUCCAAGAUCAUUGUACACAUCAAAGUCGUAUAUUCUAUCGAACAAUUUUCUUUCUCCUUUUCCAUCACCUCUAAGUUCUCUAAGCUCCUUCUCCCUAAGAGCCUUUAGCCCUGCUGGUGUCUCAUGGGGAAGAUAUGGCUGUUGA